AUGCUGUUUGCCAAGCGUCUUGUUAAAUGUAUUUCCUUUCGUUUAGUUAAUGUCGUCUGCCUUAUCAUUUUCGCUCGAGAUGGUCUGUUUUUUCUUUCUUUUCCCUCUCGUGCUUUGUUUAAGGGCUUGGUAACCGUUGAAACUGCUUUCUUUCUCUUCGAUAUAGCGGCGUUCCGCAUACGUCGCCAAACGGGUCCAUCCAUCCGACUCGGAGACCAAUUCUCCUCAAAAUUUCGCAAACAAAUUUUUUUUGCCCAUAUGCCGAGACAUUCGCCAAACGUCCUACCGGUCCGCAGGCCUGGACGAAGACUAACUUUUCCGUUUCACUAUUCGUUUCCAUUUUCUUCUUGUCACGUGGUCAAUUUUCAAAAUACUAACUUUUUCCCAUUAUGGGUGGAAUGGGUUCAUCGACCCUCUCAUCUUCAGGGUCAGAGAAAGUUUAGUUUAAAACGUUUCAACUUCUCCCAACCGGAAUCUAUCCGUGUAAAUCAUACUGUCAACACCUUGACCAAAAGAGAAGGAAAGGGUACACUCUGGUCAAUCCUUGUCGCCACUAAGCCUACCUAUCUCUUUGGGUUUACUAUCUUUACAUUUUCUGCAAGUGCCGGGCACUUUAUUUUAGAAUGCUUCUAA